AUGGCCACUGAAACAAUCGAUCACUUUUCUAUUCUCCUCAACGGCGACACUGAUGAAUUUCUCCCUAGAGUUGAGGAAAUUCUAAGAGAGAUCUUUAAUCGUUUCGACAAGGAUAAAGACGGUGUGUGGAAUACCAAGGAGAUCCAGGAUUUUGCAGAAGCUACCAAUGGACGGCCUUUUGAUGAUUCAGUAAUUGAUGAAAUUACAGAGUCGUUUGAUGUUGAUGAGAAGGACCAAUUGACUUACAAGGGAUUCUACCAAAUGUACCAUAUCCAAACCCUCUCUGAACCUGAAGAAACUCUCAAUGACUUUAAAAAGCACGGUUAUGACAAUAAUCUCGAAUUGGUUACAUCCCGAACACACGACGAAACCCCAAAAACCCCAAAUGUAGCCGAAGAAUAG